CCACAAACUGAAGACAACAAUUUAGGCAGCUCGUUGUCUCAACCCAUCCUUAUAAGUAUACAGUGUUUGUCAGCGAGAGAUCAUUGUCUUCAAGAUGACCAUCAUCUCUCUGCUCCUGCUGAUCUCUCUGCUUCCACACCUGACCUUCACCGAUCGUGGGAAUGUGGUUAUAGUGAACGGCAAAGAAGCAAAACCACACUCCAGACCGUACAUGGUUUCUCUUCAGAAGGACAAGACGCAUAUCUGUGGUGGCUUUCUCAUCUCUGAUGAGUUCGUGAUGACUGCUGCACACUGCCGGAAAAGAAGUGAAAAACUGACAGUCGUUGUUGGUGCACAUGACGUAAAAAAUAAGAAUGAGGGGUCUGUCAGCAUCAGAGUGAAGUCCUACCACAAGCAUCCAGGCUAUUGCAGUAAUUCAGGCUUUAAUGACAUCAUGCUUUUGAGGCUAAAGAAAACGGUUCAAGGAAUGAAUAAUGUCAAGACAAUUUCCAUACCAACACAAGAUGGAGACAUUGAAGCUGAUGCUGUCUGCAGUGUGGCCGGCUGGGGCAGACUACAGGCUAAAGGCAAAGGGAGUGAUUAUCUAAUGGAGGCAAAUGUGUAUAUAAUGGAUAACACAGAAUGUGAAACAAGGUGGGAAGAGUGGUACUCCGUCUCACAGAUGACGUGCGCACAUGGCCACGGCGGAUCCUGCAAAGGCGAUUCUGGGGGUCCUUUGGUUUGUGGAGACACUGCAGUUGGGGUUACAUCUUUUGGAUCUGAGGUUCUCUGCAAUUCACCUGAAAAGCCUAAUGUCUAUACUAAGAUUUCAGCUUAUCUGCGGUGGAUCAGAAAAACAAUCAAAAAUGUUAAGUAAAUUCAUGUAUUUAUUUCAGUAAACAUAUCACAUGAUGCGUCAAUCGUUUGAAGCGUUAUCGCUGUCACAACCAAAUAUAAUUACAAUUUUAUAUGAUGGAAAUGGGUUAUAUCUUGUCUACUUGAUUUUGGAGUCAUGUCGAAAAAUCAUAUUGUCUCACUUUUUAUAUUACCUAAACUUUAAUAAAACAUAU